AUGACUUAUCUCGGCGAUACAAGUCAAAAAUUUGCUACCCUAGAUGAUGUUGUCACAUGGGCUCGAGAUGUUGGAGAUGCCAAUAAAGUCGGUAUUAUCAUUACUCGGUCGGAUAAAAAGAACGGAAUAAGAGGAAGAAAUGACAAGUUGAUUUUGGGUUGUGACAAAGGUGGAAAGUAUGACUCUUCAGAAAAUUCCACGACAACUGCAUCGAAAAAGUGUAACUGUCCAUUUAAAAUUAGAGCUACACCUUCAACAGAUGGUUCGGGAUGGAAAGUUCAGGUUAUUCAUGGAGUUCACAACCACGGGCUACUUGACCAAUAUCAUGGUCAUCCUCGCAAGGCACGUUUAACCGCUGAUGAAAACAAACGUGUUCAAGAUUUGACAAAGCGUAAAGUAGCACCAAGGCACAUUGUUUUAGAUUUGAAAGAUCAAAAUCCAGAGUCUGUUGUUGGUGCCACACUUAUAUAUAGGAAAAGACACAUGAUGCAAAUACAGGAAAGAGACUCCAAAACAGAGCUGCAACACUUGCUGCAGUGGUUAGAUGAUGCAAAAUAUAUCAGCUGGAAUAGAAGAAAAGAUGAUGGCUCCGAUGUUUUGAGUGAUAUUUUUUGGGCGCAUCCAGAUUCAAUCAAGUUGUUGAACUUGUUUCCCAUUGUUUUGGUUAUGGACUGCACAUACAAAACUAAUAAAUAUAGACAGCCACUGCUUGACAUUACUGGCAUAACGUCAACUAACAUGACAGUUGCUGUUGGAUUUGCUUACAUGGAAUCUGAGAAGACGGACAAUUAUCAUUGGGCGUUAGGUAAGUUGAAGGAAUUUGUUACUAAGCAAGAUAUAUUUCCUAGAGUGAAAAAUUUGUGGAGAGCUGUUGUUGAAAGUCCAAAUGAGGUGGAGUACCAGCAGCGGUUGAAUGCGUUUCAGCAAGCAUGUGUUAAUUCAAACAAGUUUGUCGAAUAUGUCAAUAACACCUGGUUGGCCCCUCACAAAGAACAAUUUGUUGCAGCAUUGACCAAUCGAGUGAUGCAUUUAGGAAACACAACGACUAAUAGAGUUGAGUCUGCACAUUGGAAACUGAAGCAAAUGUUGGAACACAGCAAAGGAGAAUUAUGCAAGUCUUUGGAAGCAAUGAAUAACAACAUAAUACUACAAGUUGACAAAAUUAAGAAAUCUUUUCAAAAGAGUUUUUAUUAUUUAGAGAAGACACACUACAGUCCAUUUUUUCAAUAUUUGAGAAACUUUGUCUCCAGGGCCGCUAUGACACUAAUUUCUGAUGAGAUGAAGAGAAUUGACAUUGUUGGAACAGAUAAAAACUUGUGUGGUUGCAAACUUAGGUCAACAUGUGAGUUGCCUUGUGCUUGUGAAUUGAGUGGAUAUACAACCAGCGGUGGACCGAUACCGUUAGAUUCAGUUCACGGUCACUGGAAGAAAUUAACUAUGGAAGAACCAUUGGAGGAUGACACAGAGGAUGGAUAUGAGUUGGACAUGAGUAAUGCAAUGGAGACAAUAUGGACUCGAUUUCGGUCACUUGAUAUUGUUGGUAAAAGAGCGUUGAAGAGUAAAGUGUUUGAACUUGUUUAUCCAGCCUCAAGUUCAUGA